CCUGCGGCUCAGCUCCUCUCAACUCGAGGGCGGCCGUGACGGAGUCCAGGAUCGUGGGCGGUCAGGCCGCCAGCGCGGGGCAGUGGCCCUGGCAGGUCAUGCUGCAGAUCCCGGUGAGCGGGGGGAUGUCGCUCUGCGGGGGGUCUCUGAUCAACAACCAGUGGGUCCUGAGCGCCGCCCACUGCUUCAGCAGCACCAACACGACCAAUGUGGUUGUUUAUCUGGGACGCAUCAACACGCAGGGCUCCAACCCCAACCAGGUGUCCCGGUCGGUGUCCAGGAUCAUCGUCAAUCCAAACUACAGCAGCAAGACGCAGAACAACGACCUUUCUCUGCUGAAGCUGGCCUCGCCCGUGACCUUCAACGACUACAUCAGCCCCGUCUGUCUAGCGGCGCAAGGCAGCAACAUCCCGGCCGAUACCAGCGCCUGGGUCACGGGGUUUGGGACUCUUUCAUCUGGAGGGUCGUUGGCCCAAACGCUGCAGGAGGUGAACGUUCCCAUCGUGUCCAACACUCAGUGUAACUCUGCGUACGGCGGGAUCACCAACCAAAUGAUCUGUGCCGGUCUGACCAUCGGAGGAAAGGACUCCUGCCAGGGCGACUCCGGCGGCCCGCUGGUCGUCAAGAACCGCACCCGCUGGGUCCAGGCCGGAGUGGUGAGCUUCGGGAACGGCUGCGCCAAGCCGAACUUCCCGGGCGUCUACGCCCGAGUCUCGGAGUUCGAGUCGUGGAUCAACAGCCAGGUCGACGGGUCGAAGCCUGGAUUCAUCGAUUUCGGGAGAUACUCCAACAGUAGCGGUUUAGCUUCAUCGAACAUAGGCAACGGGGGAGUUUCUACCAUGAAACCAGCGGUCCACGCCGUCCUGGCGGCGCUGGGCGCCGUCUUCCUCAUCCUCUCAUGAAACUCAGAAACCUCACUGCAGCGAUGAAGCACUUUCCUUCUAAAGACUCGAGGACGGAGUCAGAGCCUGGAACCAUCCUUCAGCUUCAUGGAUGAUGUUCGGGUGGAGCCAGUGUCAGUUAACCUUAAGCACAGAAUCUUUGACAUGGUGGAACUUUUAAACGUUUGUACGAUCGAUGUGAUUCGUCGAGCCGCUUUUCUCCUUCACCAUCGACUGGAAUUACAUCGAUAAACAAUAGAGCCAGGAUGUUAAAGGGUUAAAUAACAUUCAGGACAAAAACUACAUACUUUUAAAAUAUUAUUAAUAUUAAAAAACAAACUUGGUUGAAAAUUCAGGUUAAAAUUUACACUUUUGUUGAUAAAUUAUCAUUUUAAAAUGUCAGAUUUCGUUAUUAGAAAUGAAACAUAAAAGUGUCAAAAACAUUCCUGCGUUAAAUUUAAACGGAUGCUGUGACUUUAUUGGAAGAUAAAAAUACAAAAAACAGUUACUGACAUGAAUGUCUUUUAAAAUGUUGUUAAACUUCUGUGAAUAUUUAUUUGAUAAAAUAGUUUCACUACAAACGGGUUUUCCUUCUCCUGAGUUUAUAUUCUGAGAACAACAUUAAUAUCUUUUUUUUAACGUGUGAUCCAAAUGAAGUGAAGAUGAAGUUUGUGUGUCUUUUCUUAAACUUUUUCACCUUUUGAUCUUUUACUCUAAGUUUUUCUGUCAGGCACAAAAUAAAACGUUUUUGGGGAAAAUCUGAUCCUUAUUUAUUUCUAACAAAAGACGUGUUUGGAUCUGUAUUACAAUAAAAGAAAUAAACGACGUUUCCUCAUCA